CGCAAGUCGCAAACGUGACUAGCGGCAUUCGAACCUCUACAGGACGUGGUCCGGCGUUAUUUGCAUGGCAGCCCAUGAUCACGGAGAUGUGCGAUAUGUGAGGCUUACAGCGCGGCGUGGAUGAGCAGAAAUCAUCAGUGGACCUGGGCGUCGUGCUGACUGGCAGACGUGUCAAGGAGUCGUGAGUCGCGAGUCGCGCGUGUGUGUCAAGGUCACAAUGCGAUUCCUUCUGCACGCUCGCAUUUCCGUAGACAAGGGCAUCCUUGAGCAGUCAGUCAGUCAGUCAGUCAGUCAGCGCGUGUGGCUGGUAUGAAGGCGCCUCAUUGUUGUGCAACGAUUUGGAAAUUGGCGCCACCCCGGGGGCCGGUGUUCGGGGUCCGGCAGCAGACAAGGUGAGAAGUUCGCGCGAGCAUAAGGUAGGAGUGGCGAUGCGCUCCUGCUCGCUCGCAACUCGCCGCUUGACCACCACCCGCAGCUGCUUAUCACCAACAUUGCAAUGCCCCUCGUCUCGCCCACGGGACACAACAUCAUCAACACGGCAUGGCCCGAGGCUUACUUGCCAGACUCGGUAGCCGUGCUCAGGCAAUCCUCUCAAUUGCUAUACUCUGCCGUACUCGGCGCUCAGGUCUGGGAGAUCCUGACGACGCUGCAUCUCGAUUACCAGAUGCUGUUCCGCAAGCAGGUCACCCUGGGAACCGUCGCAUACAUGGCAUCGAGAUGGGCAGCCUGCGCACAUUCCAUCGCUUUCGUCGUCUUUGCGUCUGCGCGUCUGCCGCACCACUUCUGCCAGCACGCCAUUGCCGCAUUCAGCGCGUGCCACGCCAUCGCCGGUCCAUCCACCGCCCUCUUGCUCUAUCUGCGCGCCAUGGCGCUGUACCGAUGGAAUCGCAAGCUGGCAAUGCUUCUCGGCACGUUCUGGUUGGCCAUACUGGCGACCGGAAUCGCUGCUCCCUUUGCGCUGUCUGCCAUCGAGAUUGCCGACACGAAGAGGUGCAUGCUUCGUCACGCCGACACCUUUGCCAAAGCGCCCGUCAUUGCACUCUUCCUGCACGACACGGUGGUUUGGCUUGCGGUCAGCGCGCGCAUCCUCUUUUACGACAUUCCCAACGGUCAAUGGGGAAGGCAAGCGUUUCAAAAGCAUCGUCGAGAGGGACUCACUCCGAUUGUGGCGGAACUGUUCAAGCAAGGCACGCUGUAUUAUGGGUUAGUGGAUGUGCAUCUCGGGCGCACUCGUCAGCUUCGCUCACGACGAUGUUCCAACAGCGUGGUGGUUUUCAUGAACAUCCUUUGCUUUUGCUCCCUCGUCGUGCCACACGCUCAUCCCGUUGCCAAGCUGAUGCUCGCCAUUCCCAAUCUGGCCGUCACCGCUUCGAUGGGAGGGCGAGUGCACAGGCAAAUGGUGUUUGCCACUACCAGGCCCGUCUCGUGGAUCGCCAUUGAUCCUCGCGCCAAGCGAAUGUCUAGCUUUGGGCUGCGCUCGCCCACCUCACCGCGCAAUGCGCACGUCGACGAGGCCGUCAUGGAGCUUCCUGAGCGCCGCAACUUGGCCAGUCCGAGAGCGCCCUCGCCUGCGAUACCGAGGUCCCCAAGGGUGCGCAUCCACGACCAAUCCCGUCCUCGUAGGCCCGCCUAUCCACCUUCGCCUCGCGAGGCGAUCAGCGCACCGAAAAUUCCCAGCAUUGUAGAGGCGGCUGGGAUCGCAGGCGACGACAUGGAUCGACGGAGCGAGCGUGCCUUGAGCUCGCAGGCGGAGACCGAAAGACUUGGCAUUCCAGGCGAGACCGUGGCGCUUGGCCUUACAGGUAGCCGCUGCGAGGAGGGCGUGGGCGGUCUUGACAAUGCAAAGACGAGCGACUCGGACACGAAUGGCGCAGUUGUGCCGAUACGGUCGGAGCGAUGAGCGCGAGGAAGAUACCAUGUCCACGCAUCGCGAAUGUAUGAAAAACCAUGCUCAUUGGGCGAUCUGCAGUCGCUGUAGUGUAGACGCUGACGCUAAGCAGGUCCAAGAGCAGCAUCGCGCUCCAUGACUUCCUUUGCGAGCUUGACGAGGAUCGUUGUGCGCUGCGGAUGAUCCGUCGUGGGCACGCUAUGCGCAGUGACUCUUGCAGG